UUUUUUUUUUUUUUUUACAUUUUUUGAAAAUGACCGAUCCUUUCUUUUUUUUUCACACCUUAACACAAUAACGUGACAGAUGUAAACAUGCAGAAGAAAAACACACACCACAUGUCUGUAGAACCUACAAUUGCAUAUAUUGUUUUAUUUCCUGCAGUGUUGAUACACACUGUCCACUGCCGUUGUGUUGCAGUUGUGCAUACCUGUUAUAUUUACCUUUUUUGUAUAGAAGUCUAGAAUUAUCUUUUUUCCCUGUUGGGGAGAGUCGGUAAGUCAACCUAUAGCCAAGUGAAUAUGAAAUAGGAAUAAAAGUAAUGCAUACAAAACAAGUUCACAAUGUAUGUCAUCAACUGACACCUUAACAACAAUUGCCUAAUUGCCUAACUCAAUUAGACAACAAAAUAUCCCCCCAAAAAAGUGGUCUUCUGGCCCUAUGAUGGAGCAAAGUUGAGUCAUUUGAGUAAACAGUUACUAACUUUUGUAACUAGCUAUUGUAUUUAAAGUAUAAUUGUAAAAUAUCACUAUUUAUAAUUAUAUCCGCCUGUACUAUUGACAGCAUGGCAACUGUCCCACAUCGGACCAUAAACACACCAGCAGGUGUUGGCAACUUCCGAAUGCAUCACUGGCACCCAAUUACCCAGCAUUGAAAACAUUUAUCUAAGCACUGCCUGGGUAGCAAAAGAAACAUCAAGGAUGUCUCCCACCUUAAGCAUGGACAUUAAACCCUCCAGGAAGUUGUAUGCAAACCACAUAUAUUCAUUUGUUUUUAUGUGUAUUUUGUUUUUUUGUGGCCCUCAGGUGUUUAAAAAAGGGUCAUCUGAUCAGCCUACACCAGAGAAAAAUAUGGAGGAGGAAUUACACCUUGAUCUUGAUGAAAUAAUGGCUGAUUUGGAGGAGAUACAGAGUGAGGAAGCAGUCAAAACACCACAUAAAACACGAAAAAGAAAGAAGUUUGAUCUAAAACUGCAGUGGAAAAGGAGAGACCAAGAAGGAUUUUUGGUCUAUGAGAAGCGCAAACUGAGGACAGACCGAUCUGGAAGACCAGUGGCCUCUACCAUUGCAAGUAACCCUCAAGAAGUUGAUCUUGGAACUGCCUGCACAUCUGAAGCCUCUACUACCAAACAACAUUUUGGAGAUGUCGAUGCACAACAGAUUAUUGAUUUACAACUACAUCUACUCCAAAAUGCAAUGGACUGUGAUGAACCCAGAUCAACAGCAUCUCAUGAUUGGGCAUUGAGGCAAACCUUGUCUGAAGAACGUUGGCAGGAAGCAAGGCCAAAACUUCUUGACAGUUUGCUUGCUUCAGACUGCGUGCGUCGUGGUCCUUGUGAUCAUUGCAACAUGAAAGAAGCAGUCAUCAGAUGCAAAGACUGUCUGCCAAAACCCCGUUACUGUGGGCAGUGUGACGUUUCUAUGCAUCAAAAUAUGUUUUUUCACAACAGAGAGACUCUUAUAGAUGGGUUCUAUAAACCUGUCCCUCCAUCAACUGCUGUUCAAGACCUCAGUGGCCAAAAUAUCAUAUAUGAACAAGUGUGUUUGCUGCCCAUUACACAACCUGACAAAAUUUGUGAUUGUGACCCUCAAAACCUGUCUGUUGUCGCUGGGCGAUCAGUUGUACUCAUCUGUAUAAAUGGUCGCUAUGACAUCUUCCUGCCAGUUAUGAAUUGCAGAACAUGUCAUGCAUCAUGGACACCUGAGGUGGUGGACCUGCUGUUUAGUGGUUACUGGCCAGGUACUGUUGGGUUUCAAACUAUAUACCAGGUAGACCUUUUCAAAUCUUUUGAGGACCUGAAGAUCACUGCACCUGGGCUUUCAAGACAAGCAUUUGUGAAAAUGUUACAACAGCGCUCACAACAAUUUGGAAGGAGUGGUAACAUUUGUGGCGACGUCUUCCAAAAAGCUUUCCUUGAAUGGACAUAUUGUCGUCAUAAAAGAGAGAAACUCUGUGGCAUUGACCACUUCACUUGCCCAGCUUGCACCCCAGAUACAGUUGCUGUGUCUGCAGAUGGAAACCGAAAACUAUAUAGAUUCAGCAAAACAAAGGGGGCAGAGGAACAACCGUUUUUUGAUGGAGUUUUUCUUGCCAAUGACAAAGAUGUAGCAACAUUUGUUGAUUGUGUUCGUGAGAAGACCAAUCCAAUACAUGGAAAAGGCAUCUGUGGAACAUCAACAUGGGCUGCAGCCAGGGAGACCUCUAAGAAGACAAACACCAAAUGUGAUGAAGAAGGCCUAGAGGUGGCAGUUUGCAGACACUGCAUAUUGCUUAGAGGUCUGAACAUGUUUAGGGGAGAGAUAUUUGCAUACCCUCUGUUUUUGCAAAACGAACUGGCCACAAAGACAAACUGCAAGUUUUUCUGCACUGACAUCAUGUGUCGAUAUUGGCCCUAUCUGCAAAAGGUGGCUCAAGCAUUCCCAGAAAUGCAAAAUUUGACUCAGAUGAAGCCAUUUCUCUCAGUUAUGCAUGCAAAGGGCCACUCAACAAAAUGUGAGGUGCAGUGGGGUGGCAAAAACCAAACAGGGGCAGGUACAACCAUCGGUGAAGAAGUUGAACAAGUGAACAGCUUUUUGUCCCGUGUGGCUCUAACAACAAAAUACAUGAGUAAGGCUGCACGAGUAGAUAUGAUCACAUUGCAUGCCAGAGGAUGGAAUGUGCGAAAAAAAAGAAACCUGCACAAGUACUUGUCUACACGGUACUUGAAGUAUUGCCAAAGGUUUGUGAGACUUUCCAUUAAUUAUACUUUUGAGACUAUCCGAAAGACAAAGGAAGUCAAAGAUGACAUUGAGGCUAUAAAGAAGAGCACACAAAGGUCUGAAGAGGAACUGCAACAGUGGGUCACUGAUGUGAGACAGUGGGCAGUUGACACUCCAGAUGACCUCAGAACAGAUGAUCCAGUGGCAUUGCAACAUCUGAUUGAAGGCUUAUUCUUGGGCAUCCAGCAGAAAAAGAGGGAUCUGUAUAGAGCAACUGACCGCAACAAACAGCGACACAAGAUCCGAAGACGGAUUCGAGAGGAUAAGAAAAAGCUGUUUAAUGCCAUAUCCCAAUACAAUGAUCUUCCAACCACCACAGUAUUUGUAGAUUCAGUUGAAGACCUUCUGGCAACAGAAAGCCCUAUCUGGCCUUGGGAUUCUGAAACUGACACUUCCUUAGGCGUGAAGAAGAAGGUUUUCGACAAGGUGAUGCAGCUGGAGAGACUGGUUGAGGAAGAGGUUAUUCUUGUAGAAGAAAUGAAACAACAUUGGACGCAUCUUACAAGAAGCUACAGGGCCUUGAAGGACCAGGCUAGUGUACUAUCAGAUGACCUGGCCACACAGAGCUACCCUUCAGGACUUUCUGGUCAAGCAUACCAUGGCCUGCGCAGUGCUGUCCUCCAAAUCCUUGAGGCACUCAAGACAGACAUGGUAGCUGUGAAAGAAACAUACUCCCAAAUUUGUGGGAAUGGUGGAACUGUUGUUGAAGAAGAAGAAGAAGAAGAAGAAGACCCAUAUGAGCAUGUCUCCACAGAUGCCUCUACAGAUGAUGAACUAUAGAUGAGCUACAGCUGUGUCAUGUGCAUCAGUUGGCAUCUGUCCUAAUAACUUGUCACACUUGUCCUAAUCAUUAUGUCAUAGUUUGUAUUUUUAUCUUGUACAAGUUUGUACAACACAUGUAAGAUCACAUGCAAUACAUAAAGUCUAGCUGUACUUGCGACCCUGAUACUUCAUGCUCAGUGAUGUAGAUGUAAUUGAACCUUUUAAUUAUAGGCUUAAGUGAAAUGGAUUAUGAUAACCCAAAUUUUGCUUUUUAAAAAAACAUGGACCCAAACAGCUGUAGGAUCAUGGCAUAUACCGUAUUUAUGGCGACAGCAAGGAAGAAAAAUGAAGACAUCUCCUGGAUGACAUCACACAAACAUGCACCCAUUUAUUUUUAUUCUUGCACCACUUUACACUAUUUUGCCUGUACACAAUUACCAUUUUAAUACAUCUUUUCCAAAAUGCUUUCCAAAUUUGGUGAAGUGGUUGCAGAAACUAUGAUGGAGAACAUGCAUCAGUUUUUAACUUCUUGUCAAAACUGAUGUAUCAUAAACAAUAAUAAAAAAAAAUUGAUGGUUGGGGUAAAUUGAAA